AUGACACGCCAUGUCAUGCCCUGGAAUCCUAGUUUCACUCUCUUCGCUGACCUGCCAACCCAAAUACGCCUGAUGAUAUGGGAAGCCGCCAUACCUGAAGAGGUACAUCCUCGGUCAAAGAUAUUCGCGAUUUGGGGAGACAAACCUGCAACUACACCUCGAGCGAUAGCAAAUAUACGUCUCCUAGCCUGCUGUCACGAAUCACGUCACCUUGCUGAGAAGAAUGGAAUUUUCGUACCAUUAAAGAGACUUCCACCGGUCCAAGGACCGCCAAGGCUUGUCUGGAUAGAUCGCAAUGUCGAGAUUGUAUCCAUCCCUUUCGAACCGAUCUUUCUCGACAGGAUCAUCCGUCUUCCACCGAAUGUCACAACCCUAGCCGACACGAUCGGUAAUAUCUACAGCCCUCUUAGUGAAGAGACUGCCGGAAAAUACAUCCAGAAAUGGCGAAACGAUCGUGUUGUUGAUAUUGAUACGUUUUACUUUGGCCUUGAUGACCAACUUCCUAUGUACGUAUUUCAACCGCCUGAAUCAUUGACUGCCGAAGACCUGCUAAUGAAUAUCUCGCAACUAGUGACUAUAAGGAAAACAGGGAUUCGAGGAGAGUCCACGUGUCAUCACGGAGGUAUGGAGGUAUUUGUAUCAUAUGGCCCAGAUGGUCUCAGGACUAGUUAG